UGAGCAACCAAGAUUCAGUCAGUCCUAGUUAAGUCUGGAACUCCUGGUCAUUACACCAUUCAAGUUCCUCAACAGGUUCAGGCUACCAGGGAAGUACAAAAGGCUACAGCUGAAUUCAUGGCUGCAUGGAAUGAAGCUGCACGUUGAGCAACUACUGUUCAGCAUGCUAUGUAUUCUGUACCUCAGCCAGUCCAGCCAACUGAAGAAGUGCGAAAAGCUACUGCUGAGUUCAUGGCUGCUUGGGAAUCUGCUGCACGGAGAGCAUCUGCUAUCAGACAAGCAGUGAGUGUGACUGCUGAUCCUUAUUCUGCUGUACCAAAACAGGUAGAGGCUACUGAGGAAGUUAAGAGAGCCACAGCUGAAUUCAUGGAUGCUUGGAAUAAGGCUGCAGCUAGAGUAGGAGCCAUUCAGACUACUGUUUACCAAGUAGCCGGUACUGUACCAGCUGCUGCUCCUGCUCAUCCUUCUGGUUCUGCUCUUCGCUUCACCCCAUCAGUGGAACAAGCAACUGCUGAGUUCAUGAAGGCAUGGAAUGCUGCUGCUGCAGCUGCUGCAGCUGCUCCUGAUGUCAAUAUCAUCAUGGGUGCUGGUUCCCGUCCUCAGGCUCCUUCCCAUUCUUUUACCUACUCUGGACCCACCUCUGCUGUGCAUACUUAUGGUGUUCCCCAGCCUGUACAACCCACCCUUGAAGUUCAGAGAGCAACAGCUGAAUUCAUGGCUGCAUGGAAUGCUGCUGCCCAGAAGGCUACACAGAUUCAGUCAUCUCUCCUGAAAUCUGGUCAAACUCCUACACCGGUUGAUGCAACAGAUGCUGUCAAGAAGGCAACACAAGAGUUCAUGGCAGCAUACAAUGCAGCUGCUAGAAGAGCACCUGUUGUUGAACAGGCAGUGUCAACCAUUCCACAAGUCCAACAGACUGAGGAGGUUAAGAGAGCUACAGCAGAAUUCAUGACUGCAUGGCAUGAUGCUGCUCAGCGAGCAUCAGCCAUUAAGCUGACAGUAUCAGGACCACAGUCAGUGCAACCAACUGAUGAGGUGCAGAGAGCUACAGCUGAAUUCAUGGCUGCUUGGAAUCGCGCUGCUGCCCGAGUUCCAAAAAUUGAGACAACCAUGUACACAUUGUCAGGCUCAAGUGCUCUGGAUACCUGUGCUGCUUGUGCAGCCCCAUCACCUGUUUCUGAUACCCCUGAGGUCAGAGCUGCCAAAGAACAGUUCAUGGCCACAUUCAGAGCUGCCGAAGAGGCUGCUCGCCGCGCAUCUGUGUCCCGUGGCGUACUGCCUGUUCCUCCAGUGUUGGCUGUGCAUGCCCCAUCCCAUGUAAUAACAUACAGCACAGGUGCCCCUACCUACGGUUACAUUCUUUCUGACCGUCUCUUUGCUCCUUUCCAAGGACUUCCUCUUCAUGUGAAGGACUGCUAAGAA